ACGCAGGCGACUCUCAACUGCCUCCCUGACCGUCGACACCACUGCCAAACACCCGAAAAGCCAUCGCCACCAACGGCAGAAGACUCUAGAGGCCCCCCAAAACACCUUCGCGAUCGACUCAAGCUACGUCAACAACUAUGGCAGGCGAGGGGUGGCGGGCGGAGCCGGAAUGGGAAGGAUGGGGGCUGUACGUCACGCCCAGGGCUCCGCUACGGGAGGGGAGGCCCCGGCUCGCCCCUCAAAAUGGCGGCGGCAGUGACGCGCCUGCGUAUGGAACUCUUACGCCGUCGCGCCACGGCCGGCGGGAAGUGAGGUUCUCAGAAGAGCCGCCCGAAGUGUACGGCGACUUCGAGCCCCGGGCAUCCAAAGAAAAGGCCCCGGUGGGAAGACAAAUUCCGCUAAAAGAGUUCCGGCCCGAUUCGGCGAAAGAGGAAGUGAGAGAACGCUCCUAUUAUCUUCGGUCUCGGCAGCGGAGGCAGCCGCGACUCCAGGAAGCCGAGGAGAUGAAGACGCGAAGAGCUACUCGCUCCCAGCAGCAGCAGCAGCAGCAGCAGCAGCAGCAGCACUCACAGUCGCCUCCGCUGCAGCCGUCUCCGGUUACGACCCGGAGAGGAUUACGGGACUCCCAUUCAGCCGAAGGUGAGGCCGACGGAGAGGAUGAACCAUCUUCACAAACUGUUUUAAGCCCAACCGUCUCAAAGAAAACUAUCAGGAGAACACAAGAGACUCCAGGUAAAAAGAUGGUGAGUAAAGAUCCUGUAAUCAGCCUGUGUAGACCCCCUCUAAGAAGCUCAAGAUUUGAAGCCACCAGUGUCCAACAGAAGGUCAAUUUCUCAGAAGAAGGGGAAAUGGAGGAAAAUGAUCAAGACAGCUCUGACAGUGAUGUUACAGUUGUUAAGGUCAGAUCCGGGGAUUCUGUUGAGUCUGGAGACCAAACCACCAGAUCAUCAAGUCAAUAUCCAGAAUCACAUUGGCAGUCAUCACAAAGUCGAGACUUCACAGCUUUUGAUAAGCAACCAUUAGUGCUAAGCUCGGGAUAUCAAAAAAAUUCUCAGGAAUGGGUUGAACAAACCACGACAAUAAGGACUAGGAUGCAAACAGUGAAGUUUUACCAUACACCGUCAUCACCAGGCAAGCGUUCGAUAUAUGGCAGUUUUUCAGAUGAUGACGGUGUUCAGAAAUCAGAGCUUGGAAACCAAUCUCCAUCAACCUCCAGCCAACAAGUGACUGGACAACCCAAAAGUGCAUCUUUUGUCAAGGUGAAGUGGUGGUGGCCCCUUGUCGUGAUAGUUCCUCUUCUCAUUGGGUAUUUUUGUUGCCCUCGUACUUCUGAAGCAGAAACCACUGCUGUUCAAGAGUUCCAGAACCAGAUGAAGCAACUUAUGAAUAAGUACCAAGGUCAAGAUGAGAAGCUGUGGAAAAGGAGCCUAACAUUCCUGGAAAAACAUCUUAAUAGCUCCCACCCUCGGCCUCAGCCUGCUAUCUUGCUGCUCACUGCUGCCCGAGAUGCUGAAGAAGCACUCAAGUGUCUGAGUGAACAAAUUGCUGAUGCCUAUUCUUCCUUCCGAAGUGUUCCUGCAAUCCGGAUUGAUGGGGCGGGCAAAGCAACUCAAGACAGUGAUGUUGUCAAACUAGAGGUAGAUCAGGAACUGAGCAAUGGAUUCCUAAAUGGCCAGAAUGCAGCUGUGGUCCACCGCUUUGAGUCACUGCCUGCAGCCUCUGCUUUGAUCUUCUAUAAGUAUUGUGACCAUGAAAAUGCAGCCUUCAAAGAUGUAGCCUUAGUCCUAACUGUCUUGUUAGAGGAGGAGACACUUGGAACCAGUCUAGGCCUAAAGGAAAUUGAAGAAAAAGUGAGGGAUUUCCUCAAAGUCAAGUUCACCAACUCUGACACACCCAACUCCUACAAACAUAUGGACCCAGACAAAUUGAGUGGGCUCUGGAGCCGUAUUUCUCACUUAGUCCUGCCUGUACAACCUGAAAAUGACCUGAAAAGGGGCAUCUGCUUAUAAGAGGAGACAGAAGAGAAAAUCAUGUCUCAAGUUCUGAGAAUUUUUCAAACUUUCUAACCAUAGACAGGAUCCAGAGCUCUUUUUGAAAGAACUGGUUUCUUUUUAAAGGAGGUUAAGUUCUUAGGUAAACAUGGAAUAUCUAAAUCGUUUAUUCAACCUAAUUAUCUGUUAUUUGAGAGAAUCGUUUCCUUGUUUCCAUUGAGAUCUGUGUUAAUGAUAUCUGAGGACUGUAAAUUAUAUGCAGUCCCAUAGAGGAUCUGCUUAGAUUCUGGAUUGAAUCAUUAUUGCUAUGGUAUGACCAGUGGGAGGGAUUAGUCUCCUUCCUAUGAAUCCACCCAAUUUUUUAACUUAGAUUUUUUUCACAGUUUGUCGAGUUAUUAGUAAGACAGCUCCCUGAACACAACUGUGGGUUUUCCCCUUUUGUCCUCUUCUACAUCGUUUAGCUGUGAAUUCCGUAGUUAGCUUCUGCUUGUAGGAACAAAAAUAAUGAAAGACCAUCCGAGUGUGUGUUUGGGUUUUUUGUUUUUUGCUUUUUUCCUUUGAUUUUGGAGGGCAAGGAGAAGGAGACAUGGGAAAAGUUGUGGAAUGGGGAGGGAAAGGGGGGAAAAAGUCUUCAAGAUGAAAUGUUAAAAUAAGCCACUGAGGGAAUUCCCUGGCGGUCCAGUGGUUAGGACUACACGCUUUCACUGCCGAGGGCCCAGGUUUGAUCCCUGGUCAGGGAACUAAGAUCCUGCAAGCCGCCCCACGUGGCCAAAAAGAAAGCCACUGAGGCUUAGGGUUAGUCAAACAUAGUUAUAUGAACUGCAUUCUCAGUGAAUUCUGUUGGGACUUGUUUUUCACACGUCCUUUUUUUUUCCUUUAAGAAAUUUUUAUUCCUCCCAAAGAUUUUGAAACAUGUGUAUGAUGAGGUUUAGUAUAUUUGUUCACUUGGCUCUUAAGAAUGGGUAAGUUCAAAAAAAAAAAAAAAGAAUGGGUAAGUUCAGAGCCAUUUAUUUUGGUCGUAUCCUGAAAGUUUUGUUAAGAAAUACAAUUUCAGGAAUUGGUAAACCAUUUGUUAACCAGCUUUCCUGGGCUGUUGAAGAAGGAUUUGAUUUUCUGCAUGUCUACUUGUUGCAUUCUGAGUCCUUUAAUGACACUCUUGUAACAAGAAUAAAGAUUUACAAUGCACAUGAUAAAUUCUACUAUGAGUGCCUCAAGCGAAAAAGAAAGUGAAGUUUACCAUAUAUGAAGAAUGUUAAAAUGUACUACUGUACAUUACUGUACUACUAUAGAAUUUCAGUUUUAACUUUGCAUCACUAACAGCUUUCUCAUCCGUCAACUGCUUUGGUUUUCUUAGAAGCUUAAAAUUCUGGAUCCACUUUAUUUUUUUAUUGUCUACAAACCUUUAAAUGAAAAUAUUGUUUUUAGAAUACUAGAGCCUGUCAAUGGCUUCAUCAUUUACCUUUUGAGGAUCCCAUGACUGGUGGUAGAGUACAGUCUCGUUUCUUCCCACUAGGACUACCAGUAUUCAUAAAUUUAUACCCCUUAUUGUAAUUUGUUCCUGACUGUCAGAAGUCAGCUAUUCUGAUUUAUAGAGGAUUCUAAAACAAGAGUUUUUGGAAAGACUUAUUUUAUACAUAUAUAUAUAUUAUAUGGAGAAACAAAUGUUUUUUUAAAUGUUUCAUUGACCAAAAUAAUUUUAAAGUAAUAUUACUUAUAUCAGGAAAAAUAAUUGUAGCAGCUGAUCUGUAAAUGACUUUAAAAGCUAUUUUAGUAAUUUAAAUAAAUU